CGCCUCCCUGCCCCCGCCUCGCUAGGUGAGCCGGCCAGCCAAGCGCCAGGGCCAUGGCCAUGGGCACCUUGGGGAAGGCGAGAGAAACUCCGCGGAAGCCUCCCCAUGGCUGCAAUGCAACCCCAAAAUCAAGACUAGAGGUGAAACCAAGCAACCCUCUUCCCUCUCAUCCCAACUUGGCCCAGAUCGCUCAGUUCCGAAUGAUGAUGUCGCUGGGACACUUAGCCAAAGGAGCCAGCCUGGACGAUCUCAUUGAGACGUGCAUCCAGUCUUUUGACACAGAUGGAAAUCUAUGUCGGAGUAACCAGCUGCUACAAGUGAUGCUAACCAUGCAUCGUCUCCUCAUCUCCUCCACCGACUUGCUCCAAAAGCUCAUCAUACUAUACAAAGAUGCUUUGGCCAAACAUUCACCUGGCCUUUGUCUGAAGAUCUGCUAUUUUGUAAGAUAUUGGAUAACGGAAUUCUGGGUCAUGUUUAAAUUGGAUUCCAGCUUGACAAACACUAUGGAAGAGUUUCAGGAAUUGGUGAAAGCUAACGGUGAGGAGUUACACUGCCGCCUAAUUGAUACAACUCAAAUCAAUGCUCGAGACUGGUCUAGGAAGCUUACUCAAAGGAUAAAGCCCAACACCAGUAAGAAAAGGAAAGUCUCACUUCUCUUUGACCAUCUGGAGCCAGGAGAGCUGUCCGAGCACCUUACUUACCUUGAAUUCAAAUCCUUCAGAAGGAUAUCGUUCUCCGAUUAUCAAAAUUACAUUGUGAAUAGCUGUGUGAAAGAGAAUCCCACCAUGGAACGGUCCAUCGCCUUAUGCAAUGGCAUCUCCCAAUGGGUCCAACUGAUGGUGCUCAGCCGUCCCACUCCGCAGCUCCGGGCUGAAGUCUUCAUCAAGUUUAUAAAGGUGGCUCAGAAACUCCAUCAGCUGCAGAACUUUAACACUUUGAUGGCCGUGAUCGGAGGACUGUGUCACAGCUCCAUCUCCAGGCUGAAGGAGACAAGUUCCUAUGUUCCCCAUGAGAUCAACAAGGUACUCAAUGAAAUGACGGAGCUACUGUCCUCCUGCAGAAAUUAUGACAACUACCGGCGAGCCUAUGGGGAGUGCACCCACUUCAAGAUCCCCAUCCUCGGUGUGCACCUCAAGGACCUGAUCUCCCUGCACGAGGCCAUGCCCGACUACCUGGAAGACAGGAAGGUGAACUUUCACAAGCUGCUGGCCCUCUACAACCACAUCAAUGAGCUGGUCCGACUGCAGGAGGUGGUACCGCCCUUGGAGGCCAAUAAGGACUUGGUGCACUUGCUGACGUUAUCCCUGGAUCUCUACUAUACCGAAGAUGAAAUCUAUGAGCUUUCAUAUGCCCGAGAACCAAGAAAUCACAGAGCCCCACCUCUAACACCUUCGAAGCCUCCAGUUGUAGUGGACUGGGCGUCGGGGAUAUCUCCCAAACCUGAUCCGAAGACCAUCAGCAAACAUGUGCAGAGAAUGGUGGAUUCUGUUUUCAAGAACUAUGAUCAUGAUCAAGAUGGAUAUAUUUCCCAGGAAGAGUUUGAAAAGAUUGCUGCCAGCUUCCCCUUCUCCUUUUGUGUGAUGGAUAAGGACAGGGAAGGCCUGAUCAGUCGGGAUGAAAUCACUGCCUACUUCAUGAGGGCCAGUUCAAUCUAUUCCAAGCUGGGUCUCGGCUUUCCUCAUAACUUCCAGGAGACAACUUACUUAAAGCCCACCUUCUGUGACAACUGUGCUGGAUUUCUCUGGGGAGUGAUAAAGCAAGGUUAUCGGUGCAAAGAUUGUGGGAUGAACUGCCACAAACAGUGCAAAGAUCUGGUUGUGUUUGAGUGCAAGAAAAGAUCCAAGAACCCAGCUUUGCCGGCCGAGAACAGCACCUCUGCUGGGCUGGCGUCUACCCUCUGCCCGCUAGGCGUCAAAGAUCCACAGCAUGGGCCCGAGGAAGGACCUUUCCUAGUGAAUGGGGAGGCCAUGGAACACAAUGAGGAGAGCAAAGAUAGGACAAUCAUGCUGAUGGGCGUGUCUGCUCAGAAGAUUUCCGUCCGGCUGAAGCGGGCCAUGGCCCACAAGGGCACGCAGACAGAGUCAGUCACUUGGGUUGGCCACGAAGGCCCUAGUGGCUCAUUCUUGCUGUCUUCCCCAAGGAAGGCAGCCCAGGACACUCUGUAUCUGCUUCCCAGCUCCACGUCUCCCUGCCCCAGCCCGGUCUUGGUCCGCAAGCGGGCCUUUGUGAAGUGGGAGAACAAGGAGUCCAUCACAAAAUCCAAAGAGGACCUCCGGCACCUCAGACUGCCCACCUACCAGGACCUGGAGCAGGAAAUAAAUACUCUGAAGGCAGACAACGAAGUUCUAAGGACUGAAUUAAGGUUUGCUCAGAAGAAGAUUGAGACCCUCCGGCUUGAAAGAAGCAACAACCAUGUCCUGAGCCGUAGGGAACAUCAAGACUGCUCCUAGCCCUGAAGCUAGGAGAGCACAGAAGUCACAUCAUGGAGAAGGGUAGAACUCCACUUUCUCUAGAGCUGCCAAAUACAAGGGAAUGGGGAAAAGCCAGAAUGUUGGGAUUUAGAGUGUGGUAUUCUAUUUAAAUAUAUAUGCCCUCUUUUCAACCUGAAAAAUUGUUCGUCAAAAAACACACACCCUCAUUCCUUUUCCCAUUCAUUUGAGGAGGAAGUAUGUUCUCAGUGGGGUGUUAUCCAGAGAUGUUCUCCUCCCCGUCUCCUUGCUGAAAAAAAAAAGCUAGACAAUCUAUGUCAGCACUCAGUACAUCGCCUUUCACCAAAACCCUCCCCAUCCAGCUCUGGUGCCAGUCCAGGGGAGUGGAAAGCCUGGCUACAGGAUCUGGAUAAGGCUCAUAACCCUUUUCAUGAAACACUGUCCUUACAUCCUUCAAACUAAAUUCUAAACUCAGCCCUAAGAAGCCUCUCAAACAACUCUGUUCCCUGUGGGACAGAAACUACUUUACCUGAGAACAGGAUUCAUUUUGCCCCACCCAUUCAACUUGUUUCAAGCCUGCAGCAGAAUCUGUUAGUCUGUCAACAGACUAGCCCAGUCCUUACACCUCCCCCCACCAAUCCUGCCACCCUUGAUCUCAGUGAGCCAGUUAUGGCUCAUCUCAACAUCAUUAUCUCAUGUCAAGACUGGCCAAUCAUUCUCUCUCUUGAGUGUCCGUAGGUUUCCCAGUAGGGUAGCCAUUCUCCUCCUCUCUCACUGUUCCAAAUCUCACUUCUCCCUACUCUAUCCCCAGACAUUUCUACCUGAAAGUGAACUCAUUUGUCCCCAUUUAAAAAGCCUGUUAACAAAAUAUCAUUAUGUGCAAUUGGGAGGUUAUCUUAGCAUCUCAACUAUCUGUCUGGUCUAUAUGAUGACCAUAGCCAGAUUCAUGACUGCCCAUUUAUAAUAGUGCUUUAACAUUUACAAAGCACAGUACACAUUACAUAGAAAGCACAUUCAUCAUUUCUUUUAGAAUAGAAAUGUUAGAGCUAGCAGGACCUAAAAGACGAUCUUUUCCAGUCUUAAUUUUUCAGAGAAAAGAAAACAAAGCUCAGAUAGAGAGAGAAGUAUCUUUUGCAGGAUCACAGCUUAUAAAUGGUGAAGUUGGAACUAAAAUUGGCUCUUUCUCUAGAGUUCUUCCCAUUAUACCAUACUGGAGAACUCUGCAGGAAAGCAGCAUGGGCUUAAUUAUCUACAUUUUACAGAUGAAGAAAUGGAAUCUCAGAAGUGACUUCAUCUAAGGUCAUAUACCUAGUAAAGUAGCAGGGCCAGAUAUUAUAACUUCUAAGUCUAUUGCUAUCAAAUUUAAGUACCUGGCUAUUACCCUAUUGUAUGGCUUAAGCAUCAGUGGUAGCUGAAAUAUGAUACAUCAUCUCCAAACACGUAAUUUUGCAUUUGAUAAAAGCAUGCAUUGAAGAUGGCACAGCCAACAAACACAUUGGUACAUGAAUUUACAUUGUACUGUAGCUAGAAAAUCUUUUUUUUUUAACCUCUUCUGUUUAUUCUGAAAUUAAUUUUUAAUUCAAGGAAACCUUCAAAAGUUCAGCUGGUCAUGACAAAAUUCCUUUCUUUUUGUUUCAAUGUAUGUGUUUUGGAGAAAGGUUAUACCCUCUCAUUAGUGAAACUGUUUUGAGGUAUAAGCUAAUUAGAUGGGUAGUUUCAAUAAUAGCUGACAUUGUAAAUAUGUAUACAUUGUGUAUAGAAAAUAUUGUGCCUGCAUGUGGGCUCGUUUUUCUUCCUGUGUAAAAAUGUGAAUGUGAAACAUGUACAAUUUUUGGACAUUCCUACAUUAAUCCCAAAUGCACCAGAGUAUUCUGAAAUCAGAAAAUAGUAAAACAUCUUGCACAGAGAUUUAUAAAUAUGUUGUCAUUUGUUACACUUUCAUGCAAAGUAUGGUAAGAUAAAUUUUAUUAGUCAAUUGUGACAAAAUAUGAGUUGAUAAUUUGUCCACAAUUUUGGAAUCUUGCAUCAUUCAACUUCAUUAGUCUGGCUUGUCUGAACAAGAUUUUACCAAUUCCUAUUUUGGUUCCCUUUCACUCUACCAAAUGAGAAUUUGGUUUUAUCUUUUAUCUUGGGGUGUCUUUCACUUUUAAACUUUGAAUGCUCAGCUUUCCCCAAGAUAUCCUCACUAGCCAGAACUAACAUUUCCAGAUGACCCUAUUUAUUUGGGUACUAGAAAGUUAAUUGAAUGAGAAGUAACUAAUUUAACCACAACUUUUCCCAGAGUCAUCAAGCCUGCAGAGGUUUUGGGGGUUGUUUUGUUUUGUUUUGUCACAGACACCCCUGAGCAGUCUGAUCCAUUCUUGGAAUAAUGUUUUAAAAUUAAUAAAAUGACAAAGGAAACCAAUUAAAUUGAAAUAAUUAAGCGAAAUAUUUAAAAAACCAAGUUCACAUUCCCCAGGUUAAGACCUCUGUACAAAGGUCUCAAUGAAUAGAGCUUGGCAGGCUUAUUUGCUUUAAACCUUAUGAAGAUGUGAAAGUCACAGCAUUGAAGUAGAACAAUUUGGUUAAUACCUGCUUAACCACCAUUGGUCUCAAGUGUGCUUCCUCUAGAUGUCUAUUCUCAGAAGCGUCACUAUUAGUAGGCAGUCUUAUUUCUCAUUGGUACUUAACAUCCUCGUAAUUUGUAAACCUGUCCAAAGUUGUAUAAUGUAAAAGAACCGACAGAAAAAUCAAAUGUACAGAUUGUAAAGUCUUUUGAUACCUGAUGUAAGUUUUCUUUGUUUAAUAUUUAUAUGAUAAAAGAUAUUA